AUGGCUGGUGUCAUACUGACCAUAUUUGCAGUGAUUUCAUAUAUUGAGUUCAUCAUUGGGAAUAUAGGCAAUGGAUUCAUUGUGCUUGUGAAUUGCAACGAUUGGUUCAAGAGAAGAAAAAUCUCUUCCGUUGAUAAAAUAACCAUUGCUUUGGCAGUCUCCAGAAUUGGUCUCAUGUGGUGCAGAUUCUUACCUCAGUGGGUUUCUGUGGUUCCUCCUCUUUCACAAGGGACUGUGGUUAUGUUUAGAACAAUACAUAUUGUCUGGACGGUGACUAAUCAUUGGAACUUCUGGCUUGCCACAGGCCUCAGCAUCUUUUAUUUUCUCAAAAUUGCCAUUUUCUCUAACUCUACCUUUCUAUACCUGAAGUGGAGAGUUGAAAAAGUGGUCUCAGUGACACUACUGUUGUCUAUGUUCAUCUUGAUUUUUAAUAUUACAAGGGAAAAUAUUCAUUUUGCUGCCCAGUAUAAAGGAUAUAAAGAAAACUUGACUUUGAUUGCCUGGUUCGAGGAGUCUUCACACUUAUUCAAGGUAUUUUUGGUCAUUGACACGAUAUUCAUGAUCAUUCCUGUUACCUUGUCCCUGAUCAGUUUCCUCCUGCUCAUCUUCUCCCUGUGGAGGCAUCUCAGGCAGAUGCAGCUCGAUGUCAUGGGUUCCAGAGACGCCAGCACCAAGGCCCACCUGCGAGGCUUGCAGACUGUGGUUGCCUUCCUAGUGCUAGCUACCAUUUUCUUUACGUCUGCUUUCCUACGAAAAUGGAAUCGUGAGACGUUGGAGGAGGGUUUGCUGCUUAGGAUUUGCCGUAGUUUUAUAAUGGCUUAUCCUUCAAUCCACUCAUGUGUCCUGAUUCUGGUAAACAAGAAGUUAAGAAAGGCCUUUCUGUUGGUGCUGUGGUGGCUGAGCUGCAAGUUCAAAGAUGCUGAACGUUGA